CAGUACACUCACAGCAACAGUGGAAAACCUUCACACUGUCUUUGUGAUUUUUCCCAGCACUAGGGAUCCCACAGGGUAUCUUGCUCCUUGGCACUUUCUCUGCUCCUGAGCUCACCCACUUGUGCCCCUGUCUGGCAGUUUGAUCACCACAAGGGCGCUAACCCCAACUACUCUCCUUGUCGAAGGCAGAAAACUGCUCACUAAAAUAAUCUGCCACUAUCUUUGCUCCUAGAGCAACUAUAACAUAAACUCCUACAACUAAAUACACUUUCCCUAACUUGGGGCCUGAUACUGUCCAGACCCUCUUCUGUACCCACCUUCCCACAUGGUGGGAUCCAGGAAGAGAGCUCUGAGCACAUGUGUGUUCUCCCUUUUAAAGUUUUACAUACUGACACAUACUGGGCAAAACCUUGAUUGAACAACCUCUGGCUAUUUUGGGGGCCCUAAAAUAAAUUUGCUGUGGGGCCCAGUUACAUCUAUUACACCACUGUCAGGGGAUGCUGGGAGUUGUAGUUACUCCCCAACAGCAGGAGAACCCCAGUACAAAGAGUAUUUCAGUAAAUAAAUCUCUGGUAGAUUUCUAGGAAAGGGAAACAGUUACAUAUACUUGUUGCUGGCAGAAUUCUGCAUUGCGGGUCCCUGUAGCUAAAUCUGAUUAUGUGGAAUAUAUGGGUAAUAUCAGCCCCUCCAGACUGAGACACAACAGCAGCAGGUCUAUUUCUCAGGCAGUUGCAGGUGAGAGAAGGGAGGGGAAGAGUCGGUGGGAGGAGGUGCGAUUUCCCUGCAGGUGUCCCCAUUGAGCUGCACAGUCUGAUACAGAGGGAGUGAGUGGCUGCGGCUCUGUCGCAUCUCUAGAAAAGGAGUCACCCCCAUCCAGUCCAUCAGCAGCAUCAGCACCAACAUCUCCCGGGCUGCUCCCUGUUACAUCUACGUUGCUCUGUCGCUGUUUAUCUCACGUCUGUCUGUAACAACAAGACUCAUUCACCGGCAGAUUCUUCCCAUCCACUCGCCCCUGCGUUAUUUUAUAUGAUCGUCAGCCCCGGCGGCAGCAGCAGCAGCAGCGACACAGUCUGCCAGUGAUUGAGCUCAGCAUGGACAGCCGGAGAAGCAACUGGAAUUAUAAGGAAGAUGAUCUCCCCGUGUAUCUGGCCCGGCCGGGCACCACCGCUCAGACCCCCCGAGUCAAGUAUGGGGGGAUGUUCGCUAAUGUAGAAGGGGCCUAUGAAAACAAAACCAUUGAUUUUGACGCGAACAGCGCGGGGAAGAAAGGGACCCGCACCCCCAGGAGCAGCAGCAGAAACGACAUGGGCUGCGACAAUUUCAGCGAGACAGCCAGCGAUGUGACUGAGAUCUCCGGCUCCGUCAUCACCUCCCCCUGGGAAAGAGACGACAGAACCCCCGGUAUUGAGAUCAAAUACACCCGAGGCAAAGAGCUGCUGCAGGGACAGGACAAUGGCAAGAGCGACAGACUUCUGAUAAAAGGAGGAAGAAUUAUUAAUGAUGACCAGUCUUUCUAUGCAGAUGUUUACCUAGAAGAUGGCCUUAUCAAACAAAUAGGAGAGAACCUGAUUGUUCCAGGCGGAGUGAAAACAAUCGAGGCCCAUGGACGCAUGGUUAUUCCUGGCGGGAUAGAUGUGAACACUUACCUACAGAAGCCAUAUCUGGGUAUGAGCACUUUGGAUGACUUCUACCAAGGCACAAAGGCUGCUGUGGCUGGUGGAACCACUAUGAUCAUUGACCAUGUUGUCCCAGACCCUGGAUCCAAUCUCUUGGCCUCUUUUGAAAAGUGGCACGAGGUAGCCGACACCAAAUCUUGCUGUGAUUACUCUCUUCAUGUGGACAUUACCAGCUGGUACGAUGGAAUCCGAGAGGAACUGGACAUCCUGAUUCAAGACAAAGGUGUCAAUUCUUUUCAGGUGUACAUGGCCUACAAAGAUCUAUACCAAAUGACUGACAGCCAGCUGUAUGAAAUCUUUAUGUAUCUCAAGGGACUUGGUGCUGUAAUAAUGGUCCAUGCUGAGAAUGGAGACUUAAUAGCUCAGGAACAAAAAAGGAUAUUGGAAAUGGGAAUAACUGGCCCAGAAGGACACGCUCUCAGCCGGCCGGAGGAGCUUGAAGCGGAGGCAGUUUUCCGAGCCAUAACCAUAGCUAGCACAAUUAAUUGCCCCGUGUAUAUAACCAAAGUGAUGAGUAAAAGCGUUUCCGAUGUGAUCGCACAAACGAGGAAAAAAGGUGCUUUAGUGUUUGGAGAGCCAAUCACAGCAAGUUUAGGCACAGACGGUACCCACUACUGGAGCAAAAACUGGGCCAAAGCUGCGGCCUUUGUCACAUCGCCUCCAUUAAGCCCAGACCCCACCACACCGGAUUACUUGAACUCGCUCUUAGCCUGUGGGGACCUGCAGGUUACGGGCAGCGGUCACUGCUCUUACAGCACUGCCCAAAAAGCUAUAGGAAAGGAUAAUUUUACUCUGAUUCCAGAGGGAGUCAAUGGAAUUGAGGAACGGAUGUCUAUUGUAUGGGAUAAAGCUGUGGCUACUGGUAAAAUGGAUGAGAACCAGUUUGUUGCAGUCACUAGUACAAAUGCUGCCAAAAUAUUUAACCUGUACCCAAGAAAAGGUCGAAUUGCCGUUGGUUCAGAUGCUGACGUGGUUAUCUGGGAUCCGGACAAGAUUAAGGCAGUCUCUGCAAAGACUCACAAAUCUGCUGUAGAAUACAACAUCUUUGAAGGCAUGGAGUGUCGUGGUGCCCCGCUGGUGGUUAUUAGCCAAGGAAAGAUUGUCUACGAGGAUGGAAACCUGCAUGUUAACCAGGGCAUGGGCCGGUUCAUACCUAGGAAACCAUUCCCAGAAUUCAUUUACCAGCGCAUCAAAAUCAGGAACAAGGUGGCAGGAUUAGAACCCGUGUCACGUGGGAUGUAUGAUGGGCCUGUAUAUGAAGUUCCAGCUCCUCCCAAGUACGUAACUCCAGCCCCAUCAGCUAAAUCGUCACCUUCCAAACCUCAGCCUGUUCCAAUCAGGAACCUUCACCAGUCCAACUUCAGUUUAUCAGGUGCACAGAUAGACGACACCAACCCUCGCCGCACAGGGCAUCGUAUUGUUGCUCCACCGGGUGGUCGUUCAAAUAUCACAAGCCUUGGUUGAUGGAUCUGCCUCAAGAAAACGAUGAAGAAGUACAAAAAGAAUCUCACCACUGGAAGAAACGUUCCUAUUUGUGUCAGUGUUAUUGAGCCCACACAUUUUUGGUUCUACUGAACAUGGUCUGUUUUGUAUAGAAAGAGAACGUCAUUGUGCGGUUAAAUGCUUGGAACUAUUUUCUCCCCCUCCCCUUCCCUCACAAUUGUGCAUAGUCAUCCCAUCACCUUGGGCAUCAGAUCUGUCUCCAACCCAUUUCAUCAAAAUUCUUCGGAGACCUCUCUGAGGCCCUCACUGCCGAAAGCAUGGGAACGCCCAUUGCUGUUGUAGAGUAGAGACUUCUGCUUUGUCUUUGUAACUCACGAUAGUCCAUUUGUAACAUUUAGAUGUCUUCGGGUGAGCAGUGCAUGGCCUUCUGUUAUUUAUUUCUUCCCCAUAGGUCUGUGGUUGAGUUUCCAUUGAUGCCAACAACAAUCUGUCCUAGACACAAUGCCAAGACCAAGUUUGCCACCGAUAACUAAGAAAUGUGAACAAUAUAAUGUAUACUGUAGAAUGCUAAAUGUAUCAUGUUUCAUUUCCGUUAGCCAUAAGACUUAUGUAGAACAGUAGAACACCAUAGCUCACGGCAGCCUUCAUGUGAGCCCAGAUGAUCCAUCUCAUUGUACAGUGUAUUCUCAUCAUUGUAAACCAAUUCCAUUAAUAGACAUUAAAACACUUUUUUUCGCCGGGCAAGCAGCCAGUCUUGCUCGCGCUGUUUUGAUAAAGUCGGUAUGGUUAGCUAUCUGAUUUUUAACGUUUUUUUGUACAAAUUUUUUCUUUGUAUUCACAUGCAUUUUUACUUGCGGUUCUGUAUGAAGUUCUAGGUGUGACUCAAUGAAUGACUUCAAAGCUUGUGAAAUAAAUAACACACAAUAA